AUGUGUGAGGUUGAACAGGUAGUGUCAAAUGUUUCAAUAGCUUUACGUAAAGGUAAAGGGGGUCAAAGGUCCUACAAAGUCUCUGACAUUUUAAAAGAUGAGGACUCUUUGAAACAGAUGUUGGAGUUUGAUGAGGAUUAUCGUUUUCUUAAGCCUAUUAGAGGCACUAUAGCUUUUUGGCAGGGAGCACAGCAUGACCUUCUGGCCUGUGUGCGUCAGCUUGGUGUUCCCACCUGGUUUUGUUCCUAUAGUUCAGCAGAUAUGCGUUGGACAAAUCUGCUGUAUAGUAUUCUGAAGAAGGAGGGUCAAACAGCCACUGUAGAGGAUUUAGAGUGGGCUGAUAUAUGUAAUUUACUGCAUCGUAAUCCUGUCACUGCAGCUCGAAUGUUUGAUUUUAGGUGGCACUGUUUCCUUAGGGAGGUUUUGAUGUCUCCAUCUCAACCGAUAGGUAAAAUUAAGGAUUACUUUUACUGGGUUGAGUUUCAGCAGCGAGGUUCUCCUCAUGUCCAUUGUUUGUUCUGGGUAGAGAACGCUCUGCUGAUUGAUAAGAACACUGAUGAGGAGGUAGUUCAGUUUAUUGACAAGUACGUGACUUGUGAACUAACAUCAUCAGAUGAGGAGUUGUUGGACAUUGUAACAUCUGUGCAGCAACACUCGAAACGACACGCAAAGACUUGUAAAAAGAAAAACGCUGUGUGUCGUUUCAAUUUUCCUGGGCUUGCUUCUGCUAGGACAUUUAUCUGUCAACGUGAACCUGAUGAGGUUGUGGAACAGUGCACUUGUCCGGUUGAUCCGACAAAUAUUUUAGCACCUUGUGAGUGUGAGAAGCGCUUAGCUGCUAAGAAAAGGAAGAAGGAACAGGCUAAGAACAUUUUGACUGCCAUUAAGACGGCUUUGUCAGAUGAUAACAGUUGUUAUGAUAGUGUAGAACAACUGUUUCAUCAUUUAGGAAUAACAGGCUUUUGA